UUCACGAGCUGCCGCGCAAAAACCGAACGACGUCGCGCGACCGAAGGCCGUGACACGAAUCGCGAAUGACGUUAAGCGGCGAAAAAUAGACUCCUCGUCUGAGACGCGCGUCGGGCGCAGUGCGAAUCUUCAUCCGGCGGCUUCGUCGAGGGACCGUACGCGACAUCUGUCGCGAUCAGACGGACAUCGCGAUAAUCAAAGCCACAUUUUCGGGAUCUACCCUGUGAUACAUCUAUGUUGAUAUGAUAAUACUUUUACUGAGGCAACCAUUCUACGAUGUAGCUAGAAAUAAAAAUAUAAAGAAGUACAUCUUGCGCAGUGUGUUUCCAACAUGUGUACAAUGCCAGUGUUACCAUACAACACCACAAUAUUUAAAAAAACAUAAGCAAAAAUCCUACAACAUAAUAAAACCCAAGAAAAAAUUAUCAGUUGUAAAUUUAUGGAAUGAAAUGACAAUAUCAGAAUUGGUAGACUCAACUAAAAGGGAUAUAAGUGAUAUUAUUGAGGCACUUUCUCUGUCUGGUCUUUCUUUUGAUCACUGCAAUAAAGAUACUGUCAUAGAAGAUAAGAAUGUAUUGUAUAAUGCUGUGCGAAAGCUUGGGGUAAAAUUUAAGGUAGUACCCAGACCAGAUGAUCAAGAGGACGACGCAAAGGAUCAUGAUGUCACCAGGCGGCCUCCACCGGAUGAAUCUGUAUUGAUAAAACGGCAUCCAGUGGUGACAAUUAUGGGUCACGUCGAUCAUGGCAAAACAACCUUAUUGGAUACAUUACGUAACACAUCAGUUGUAAAGACAGAGUUUGGCGGUAUUACUCAACAUAUUGGAGCCUUCAAUGUAACGUUAAAAACGGGAGAAAGAAUCACGUUUCUAGAUACCCCGGGUCACGCGGCGUUUAACGUGAUGCGAAUGAGAGGCGCGCAGGUUACGGAUAUCGUGGUACUAGUGGUUGCAGCGGACGACGGUGUGAUGGAGCAAACGGUGGAGAGCAUACAAAUGGCGAAGAGCGCGAAUGUCCCGAUUAUCGUGGCGAUUAAUAAGAUCGACAAGCCUAACGCCGACAUCGAGAGGACACAAAAUAUGCUCUCGCAACGGGGAAUUCAAGUGGAGGCGGUAGGUGGGGACGUUCAGAGCGUUAAUAUAUCAGCGCUAUAUGGGACCAAUUUGGAUACCUUAAUCGAGUCUUUAGCGUUACAAGCCGAGCUGAUUGGACUAAAAGGUGAUCCGACGGGCUUGGUCGAGGCUGUCGUAAUCGAGUGUUCGACCGAUAUUUACCGCGGCAAGCUAGCGACGGUUUUAAUUCAACGCGGUACUUUGAGGAAGGGCGCGUGUCUCGUGAGUGGGCGAACAUGGGCGAAGGUAAGGUCCAUGUUCGAUCAUUCCGGCAGUCCAGUCACGGAAGCUAAGCUGUCCGAAGCGGUGCAAAUUAUCGGUUGGCAGGAUUUGCCCACCGCCGGGGAUGUGAUAUUGGAAGUAAACAAUGAGAAGAAAGCGCACAUGGUGAUGCGCUACCGAGAGAGGGAACAAGCUAAGUUGUUAUCGCAUAAGCAUCAAACUGCGGCGGACAAGAAGCACGAGGAAUACCUGAAAGAGUAUAAGAUACAUUUAGAGAAGAGAAGAGAGCGCGGUAGGUAUUCUAAGAGAUGGAUGUCAGCACCUAAAGACGAGACUAACGACAUGCCUAAACUCAACAUUAUCAUAAAGGGCGAUGUGGCCGGUUCCGUGGAAGCUAUAUUAGACGUUUUAAGCUCAUACGGAAGCGAUGACAAGUGUCAUUUGAGCAUCGUACAUUACGGCGUCGGACCUAUCACGACAACGGAUUUACAACUGGCAGAGACGUUCAACGCCAUCUUGUAUCACUUUAACGUGAAUAUACCGAAGAAUUUGCAACAGGAAGCCGAGAAAAAAGAAAUAUCGGUCCGCGCGUACAACGUGAUUUACAAGCUCAUCGAUGACGUUAAAGAAGAAAUAAACAAGAGGCUGCCGUCGCUCGAUGCCGAGGAAGUAAUAGGCGAAGCGAACGUACUUCAAGAGUUCGAGAUCACAGAGAAGAAGAAGAAGGUAAAAGUCGCAGGUUGCCGGUGCGUCAAAGGCAACCUCAAGAAAGCCGCGAUGUACCGUGUGAUACGCGAACAGGAGGUCCUCUACACCGGGAAAUUGACGUCGAUGAAGCACAUGAAAAAUGAGAUAGAAAUGAUUAAGACCAACGUAGAGUGCGGCUUGAGAUUCGAGGAUCCUACGAUAUCCUUCAAACCCGGAGACGUUGUCAUUUGUUACCAGACAUACCAGAAGUCGCAAGAAACCGACUGGGAUCCCGGAUUCUAGAUUCUAGAGCUGAACCAAGCGGCACGGAGUCGUCGUUUCCUGGCAGUCGCCGCCGGCCGCGGUAAUCUUGAUGUCCAACGGCUCGAUAGCAACGUCGUCAUCUGGAUGUACGAAGAACGCGAUGGAGUGACGUCCACGGCCACAAUGUUCCGGCAUGACUACGCGAUGUCGCAGCGCUGGCAACUGUCCGUUGGUCCAAUGCGCCAACAGCUCGCCGGUGUUCACCAGUAUGGCACCCGGAAGAUGACCCACUCUACCCCAUCGUUCUCCAUGCAGAGUCUGUAUCUCGAGACCACCUUCGCAGUCCUGAGGGAAACGUUCCAUCGUACAGAAUGCGGUCCCCGACACGCGUAAUUCAUACAAAUCUGUACAUACGCGCUAUACAUGUAUAAUAACAACCUUGACUUUUUAUCGA